AUGAGUUUUCGCGCUUUGUGGAUUAUUACUCACGAGAAAGGCGAAAAUGCUACUGUUCGCUUCUCAAGGAGGUUUGCCACUGUGGAGCACCGAGCAAAGAGGCUAGGGGGCUCCUUGUAUGUAGCGGUUCCGGAGGAUAGCUCCGUCCUCAGACUCCUGCUCACCGAGCUCGGCCUCUCAGAUCCGCAUAAACCAUUCGUCCUUCUCCGAGAUGAUUGUCGUCGCUGUCCGAAGACCCCCGCUUAUGAGCUGCGCGUCGGUCCUGGCCAGGAAACGCUCUGGCCAGUGGUUGUCAUCACUCAUGGACCUGUCAUCGUAGCUUGUCUGGGUCUCGUGGACGUUCCACUAGAGCCCCGGCCACCUAUGGCCAACUUGCUGUGCGUCUCACAGGGCAUCACAUUCCUAAUUGGAUUACAGAAUUUUCUCGUGGGCUCAGGGGGGAAACUUGAUAAUGAGGUGAUGGCCUCUCGCCUGGCAAUGCUUCCCUCUGUGCUCCUGCAGGUCUGCCCUUUGGGAACACCUCUCGAUGUGCCCUCUGUCAGGGUACCCGCCACAUCUUCUGUGUCAGCUCCUGCUGGCAGCCAGAAACACCCAGCCUGGAAGACAGGCUUCCACCGGGGACGUGCUGUAGUUAAUGCAGCACUGACAGAAACCGUGCGCUCCAUGCAAUACGGUGACCCAAGUAAACAGGAUACGUGGGACGUGUACGGCACUGUGAUGUGCAAAUGCGAAGUGGAAGGAGUUCUCCCAGAUGUGACGUUAACGCUCACUCUGCCACCCAAUGGAUCACCGCUGCAGGAUAUCCUGGUGCAUCAUUGCGUUACGUCAUUGGAUUCCAGUAUCUUGACUGCGUGUAGUGUCGAUAACUAUGACGGCUCAUCCUUCUCUGGACCGUACAAGUUUCCCUUCACUCCUCCCCUGGAGCCCUUCCGACUGUGCGGCUACACAUCACAGGUGCCUGUCCCCCCAAUCCUUGGGUCAUAUCAGUUAAAGGAAGAGGACAAAUUACUCCUUGUGUCUGCCACCCUUAAACUCCAUGAGAGUGUGAAGAAUAGUUUUGAGUACUGUGAAGCACACCUACCUUUUUUCAACAGGCCACAGAUGACCUUUGUGGAUGUUAAAGUGAGCUCUGGACAUGUAGAUGUCUCCAAGGAGAAGAACCUGCUGGCAUGGGUGCUUGGACAAAAGUUCCCUAAAUCUCGUGAAGUUACAAUGGAAGGCAGGAUCAGCUUUUCAGGGCCAGCAGCAGGACCUACGGAUCCUGUUUGUACAGAACUAACAGCCUACAUCAAAUUGUACUUCAAAGUGCCUGACACGACACUCUCUGGAUGCUGCGUGGACCAAAACUCAGUACAGGUGUAUUCUUCAACCAAACCAAAAAUAACAACAUCUCGGGAACUUAAAUCAAAGGACUAUUACAUAUGGAAUUCAACAAGUCCUGCACCCAUAUGCCAAAUGUCGCUGUAA